UCUCUCCAUGGCUUCUUCUGUAUCCACCACACCACCUUUGUACUUUGAUGAGAAGUGGAAGCUGUCAAAGAAAGAAGGAUCCACCAGAAGCAGGUCCUCAAGCACCCCUUUCAUCAAGAAUUCUUCCUCACAGAGAAGGUGUGCUUUUGCUAGCAAGUGUGCGAGGCUUGUAAAGGAGCAAAGGGCGCGUUUCUACAUCAUGAGGCGGUGUGUGACAAUGCUCAUAUGCUGGCGUGACUACAGUGAUUCGUGAAGAGAAGAAGAAGAAGAAGAAGAAGAAGAAAAAGGGUCGGUGAGGGUGACGCAAAAAAAGGGUAGACUAAAGUUCUCUCCUUUUGAGUCCCCUGCUUCUUCUUUUUCUUUCGAUUUUAGAUCAGAUUCCUUUUGAGGGUUCCGCUUGAGAUAUACCUGUACAUAAAAAAAAAAAAAAUUGUUUCUCUUUGGCUAGAAAUUUUCAAUUUUGUUUUCUCUUUUUUUUUUUUUUUUAAGGUUGUUCUGAGAAAUCCCAUCAAUGGAGGGUAGUCAUGUUUGGUGUUGUUAAUUUUCCUGGCUGUCUGAGAAAUGAUAGAAGAAAAUAUGUUUAGAGUGGAGAAAUUAAUUGAAAUAUAGUUAUAAUAUAAUAGUAUAGCUUAGAGACACAAUUUCUGCUUAA